AUGGUUAAACUUUUUAUUUUUCUCAGUUUAACUGCGGUUGCUUUAACUGCAACACAAUAUGCCGACGCUUGGCCAACGAUGCCAACAAUGGCGAUAAAAAUGGGUCUUCCUGGGUCUAAAAGUCAUUCAACAUCUAACUCCGCAGCUAAUACUGUUAAACAACCAACUCCAUCAUCCGAAUCAAUUUCGAAAGCUAAGACAGAAAGCUUUACCAAGUCAGAAUCGAAUACCAAUUCUGAGCAAACUACAGAGGAGAAGUACGCUGGAUCAAACACAAACAGUGACUCUGAAAGCAACGCCUCAAAUGAAAAUGCGGAUCAAAUUAUACCAAACGAUUCUGAUUACUCUGAUGAUGAUGACAGCGGUUCGUAUGACUCCAGUUCAUCAGGAUCAUCAUCAAAUGCUGCCGCUUCAGGAUCAGGAUCAAGUUCAGGUUCAUCUACUGCUACUGGCUCCGGUUCAUCAGGAUCAUCAGGAUCAUCAGCUGCUUCAGGUGCCAGUUCUGGUUCAUCGUCAGGAGCUGGUUCAUCAUCUGGUUCAGGAUCAUCAUCAGGUUCAGGUUCAGGUUCAGGUUCAGGUUCAUCUGGCUCAUCAUCUACUACUACUAGUACUACUACAUCAGGAUCAACUGCCACCGGUAAUACUGCAUCAACAUUAGGAACUGGUUCAUCAUCUGGCUCAGCUUCAUCUGGCUCAGGAGCAUCAUCUACUGCUGCUGCUUCAGGUUCAGGAUCAUCAGCCGCUUCAGGUUCAGGAUCAGGUUCAGGUUCAGGUUCAGGUUCAUCUGGCUCAUCAUCUACUACUACUAGUACUACUACAUCAGGAUCAACUGCCACCGGUAAUACUGCAUCAACAUCAGGAACUGGUUCAUCAUCUGGCUCAGCUUCAUCUGGCUCAGGAGCAUCUGGCUCAGGAGCAUCAUCUACUGCUGCUGCUUCAGGUUCAGGAUCAUCAGCCGCUUCAGGUUCAGGAUCAGGUUCAGGUUCAUCUGGCUCAUCAUCUACUACUACUAGUACUACUACAUCAGGAUCAACUGCCACCGGUAAUACUGCAUCAACAUCAGGAACUGGUUCAUCAUCUGGCUCAGCUUCAUCUGGCUCAGAGCAUCUACUGCUGCUGCUUCAGAUUUCUGCUUGA